AUUGCAGUUAUUUUUGGCGGGUAAUCCUAACUAAGCCACUAACUGCAUUUCAAACCUUAUCCCUCUAUUUUUCCAACUCGAAGUUGCUCAGCCAUGGUGUUUUCCUCUUCUUCAUUACUGUCAUUGCCCAUUUUACCCUCCAUUUUCCAUGUCCUCCCAACCUCUGAUCCUCCGUACAAACUCCUCCAAACCCACCCAUCUCUCACCCUACUCUCCAAAUGCAAAAGCAUGCAAAAUCUCAAACAAGUCCACGCCCACAUUAUCAAGAGUGGCCUUCACAAUACCCACUUCGCUCUGAGCAAGCUCGUUGAGUUUUGCGCCGUUUCGCCUUUCGGAGACCUCUCUUAUGCCCUCUUAGUCUUUCAAUCCAUCGAGAACCCCAAUCAGAUUAUAUGGAACACAAUUAUUCGAGGUUUUUCCUUGAGCUCUAAGCCAAUACAAGCUGUGGAAUUCUAUGUUCUGAUGCUUCUUUCUGGCGUGGAGCCGAAUUCUUAUACGUUCCCUUUUCUUUUGAAGUCUUGUGCGAAAUUCGCGGCGAGCCAUGAAGGGAAACAGAUCCAUGGACAUGUUUUGAAGCUUGGACUUGACUCUGAUGCCUUUGUGCACACUUCUCUUAUCAAUAUGUAUGCUCAAAACGGUGAAUUGGAUAAUGCACGUUUGGUGUUUGAUAAAAGUUCUUUCAGAGAUGUGGUUUCAUUUACGGCCUUGAUCACUGGUUAUGUUUCAAGGGGUUGUAUGGAUGAUGCUCGUCACCUUUUUGAUGAAAUUCCGGUAAGAGAUGUGGUGUCUUGGAAUGCUAUGAUUUCGGGUUAUGCUCAAAGCGGUCGGUUUGAAGAGGCAUUGGCUUUGUUUUCGGAGAUGCGGAAAGCAAAUGUCUCGCCCAAUGAGAGUACAAUGGUCGUGGUGCUUUCAGCUUGUGCUCAGUCGGGGUCUCUUGAAUUGGGCAAAUGGGUUGGGUCUUGGAUUGAGAACCGUGGACUUGGUUCAAAUCUUCGGCUUGUUAAUGGACUUAUUGAUAUGUACGCAAAGUGUGGUGCUUUGGACACAGCUCGAGGUUUAUUUGACGGUUUGCAGCAAAGGGAUGUAAUUUCAUGGAAUGUCCUUACAGUUGGAAUGGCAGUGGCAAUGGUAGCAACCACAGCUGCC